AAUCGCGUGGAAUAUCCACUCCCUGCAAACUGCUCCUGCGCGUUUUGUUCGUGCGGACCGAUUUUUUUUUCUACAGUUUUUGAUCCAUGACGGCGGUUUGGUUUACUAGUGGUUUUUAGUAAUCAGAAGUUACGCGGCAGUCGGAAUAUUUCUUAUUAAUGGUUUUAACGCGACCCACUCCUUUGGGAGUGUGCAAAAGACAACCAACGUCCGUACUGAGUGCAACUUCAAACGCAAAUGGAUUGUAAUAAGCCUGCCUUGAUGGCACCUCCAGUACCGCCACACAAACCGAAACCCACCCGGGCAUCCGACUCACACGAGCGGCUGCUGAAGUGUGUACUCCUUGGGGACGGCGCGGUGGGGAAAACCAGUCUCGUUGUCAGCUACACAACGAAUGGAUAUCCAACGAAAUAUGUCCCUACCGCUUUUGAUGACUUCUCUGCGGUGGUACAAGUGGAUGGACACCCCGUGAGGCUGCAGCUGUGUGACACUGCUGGACAGGACGAGUUUGAUAAGUUGAGGCAUUUCUGCUACUCCCGCACCGACGUCCUUCUGCUUUGCUUUAGCGUUGUGAGCCCCGCGUCUUUCCAGAACGUCUGGGAGAAGUGGGUGCCCGAAAUUCGCCGACGAUGCCCCCUCACGCCCGUCCUCCUCGUCGGCACCCAGUGCGACCUACGCCAAGACGUCAAAGUCCUGAUCGAGCUCGCCCGUCGUCGCGAGAGACCCGUUCCCGAGGAGGACGCCCGAGCCCUGGCGGACAAAAUCGGCGCCGUCGCGUACGUGGAGUGCUCGGCUCUGACCCAGAAGAACCUGAAAGAUGUGUUCGACGCCGCCAUCUCCGUGGGCCUGAGGCACUCUGACAGACGGGCCCGUAGAGAACGAAAGGUCCGAAGUACCGCGGACAAGGUAAAAAUGCUCUCCAAGUCAUGGUGGAAGAAAUACGUUUGCAUACAGUAAGUCUGCCCCUGGAGAAAAGGGACUUGAAUGUACUGUGGAGGCGCUAACCAAGUUCCCCAAAGACUCUUGACUUGUCGAGUGGACUCUGUGUUCUUCAAGGAGACAAUGUGUGACUGAUAAGAACCCUUUCAGGAGAGUGUUGCUGGACUAACUUAAAGAUGGAAAGAAUGUGGCUUGAGCUGAGGGAGAUUCGCUCGUUGCUGAGCGAAAGAUAUUGACUCAGCUACGGACAGUGGCCUUUGCCUGGUCACGGUUACCGUAGCAACUCCAAACCCCAAACAGCUCUCCGACUAUAGUCACGCGAUCAGCGUCGUCGGUCUGUGGUGAAGAAAUGUGAUCUGGAUCUUUGAACGGAGAGGGCGGCUUGCCAGGCAGGCAGGACUGAUGGAACUGGAGAAGGCAGUUUCUCCGUUGCUGGGCUAGCAUUGUCAUUUAACCCAAUCUCAGUUCCAGUGCUCUGUGUUGUAUUUAUUUUACCCUUUUACUCUGUAGAUGUACUGUAUGAAUUUUCUUUUUCCGUGAUAUGCAAUUGAACCAUCCAGAUCAAUUUUCAGUGGUACUGUGUUCUUGUUUUUGCCUUCAGUCAGUCGUUGAAUGGUAAAGAUUGAAUCUUGUGGAUGUUUGAGCCAGGGGUACCAAAGUGAUGGAAUGUUGUCUUGCUCUGUGGGUGUUUUCUCAGCUGUUACUAAUGCGGGCUAUCCAGUCAAUACUCUCCAAAGUGUGAGAUGUUUGUUAUUAUCCCAAAACAAUGUGCUAUGAUGGACAGUCGUCAUGGGGACUUCCAUAUCAACCUGUGGUAAUUUGGGGCAAUUACUGUUCAGUGACGUUUAAUCCUAAUGUUGUGGGUUGCACUCUGUACUCUGAAGUUAAUUAAAUCCAUUGAGUUACAUUUUCCACAACCACUUAUCUCAGUUUUGCACAGUGAAUCUGAUUGGUUAGGCUAUCACUUAGUUGCCAUGGUGAUAAGGUAAGAGGUGAAUGAACAGAGCCGUUGUACCUACGUAACCACUGAACCUUGGACAGUGGGAUCUGUCACUUUUAACCCCGACGCGUUCUCUUAUUAUUUAAGUAACUCAUCCAUUUUUCAGUCGAUUUGAAUAUGUUUCUCUUACGGAAAGAGGUGCUCUGUUUAGCCUCGGCCCAUGAUUGGCUUUUUUAUUGUGUUCACAUUGACUCAUAUUUUCAAUUCCUCUAGUUCAUCUUAGGAACAAGUAAAAAAAAAAAAA